CACCGCGAGCGCACCCUAUCCAGUUCACGGUCGCUCUAUUACCGGACGGCUAUUUCGGCGCAUCAUUCCGAACGUAGUAUUCAGUUUCGCGCGGGCAGGUGUGCGCAGGUCGAAAUGCGAGCCACCCCUACGUCCUGACACAUGUGAGCCGCGGCCAUGGAGCGACGCCGUCGCUCACGCCUCGACGCGUCGGAACCCAUGACGAAGGCAGUGAGACGCCGGGAGAAGCCGCGUGAGCGGUGGCUCCUCACCCGAAAGACAUGGAAGUACAUGUCGGAUGCAGGACGCCGGCUGAUACCGGAUGGAGCACAAAACCGUCCUGAAGAUGUGCCACGAAUAGAGGCAUAUUUUCAGGAAGUGUGCGCCAAAGAGCCUAAGUUCUUGCUCUGGAGGAAGAGCUCUUACCCUGGAGCGUUGCCGCGACCACGACGUAAAAAACGUCCACGUGGUGGCUCUGUUAGGGCGAGAUCUCCCUCCGAUGAAAUCCCACCACCACCAGUGCGUCCUACUGAUCUAUUCAUCAGCCACACCUCAGGUGGACGCUUUGAUAUCGCCAAACUUAGGCGAGAUUUCUUCGCAACCCCGCCUUCUUCAGCUUCCACUUCGGGAUACACUAAAGGAAAAACAGUAAAUGAUGGGGCCUCCACUCUAACCCCUGUUGAGGAUGAUGAAAACAAUCUAGUCGAUUUAUUGCGCAAGUACCUGAAAUUAGAAGAAGAAGAAGGAGUAUCAAAAGUAUCAGAAAGCGAAGAGCUAGUGCGAUCUCUUAAAAAGUAUCUUAAGCGGGAAUCUGAACGCACUCCCACCGAUACUGAUACAGAUCCAGGUCAGAGGACCCUGCUGGAGAACCUUAGCAGAUAUUACGGUAGAUCGUCAAACAGGGACCAUAUAGUGCAGGAUAUAUUGACCGAUAGGAAUCUUUUAAAAAGACUAUAUCAUGAUCUUCGUAAGACUAAGCCAUAUAGAGGCAGUAGAGGUGGCGGUGGAGCCGGUGCCGGCGGCAGUGGUUAUGGACCUAGUGGUUAUUCAAGUGCGACUAAUGCUUGUGCGCGAAAUUUGCUGCGGCCACGGACUAUUGGUUUUAUACGUAAUAAUGACGGUGAGGACUCGUUACGAUCGCCGCCGAUGUCACCGCCACCGCUCAUUGAAGUUUUCAGUGAGUCAUUGGAAGAUAAGUACGUCGAUAGUGGAACACAGACUGUUCCAGUACCGGAGGAAAUAUUGGUUGAGUUGGAAAGGUUGUAUCGGGAGAAGCAGGAAGUGGCAACCGUUCCAACGAGCCCAACGAGUCCACCUCCAGAUCGGAGGCCUACACGUCGUCGUUCUAGCGUAGACCACGACGACGUAUCUCAAUCCGUUAGCGAUACAAUUAAACGUUAUUUGCGAAUGGCGAGAAAGAAAAGCGUAGACGCGGAUAAAGCGGAUCAGUUUAAGCGAAUAAAUUAUGAUAAGAAUUUGCGUAAUAUAAAGCCUAAAGCGCCUGGGGUAGUGGACGAUGACGGCCCGCACAAGGGUUGUCAGACGGAAGAAGCGUGGAUAUUAACGUAUAGAGAUUUGCAAUUCGCAUCGGUAGCGUCAACUCCGACCUCACCACCUUCUCCAGCGUCGCCCUCACAGUCGCACUCGUUUCUCUCUACGUUGCUGGGUCGUAGCGCACCUACAGUUGCUCCCCCUCCAGGUGGCAUGCAGAAGUCGCGGUCCUCGAGCAGCGUGGUGCAGAGUGUCAGCAAACGGCUAUGGAGGACGAGGAGCCGAAGUUCGAGUCGCGCUACAGCUACUUGGACGCCUCAGGGCAGUUGUUGCUGGGUAGACGGCAGCGGCCGGUGCGUGCGGUUGACGGACACGUCGCUGCUGACCCUCACAGAAGUAGAGCGGCGCGCCCUGCAGCAGGUGGCGCUCGCCAAGCUGCACGAGAUGAAGCUGGGCAUACCCAUCAAGAUACCCGAAGAGAAUGCGGUUGCGGCAUCUACGAAACCAAAAAGACGCGCGUACCUCUUGAAAAGGAAAGCGCUGACCACUGGCUUCUUCGACCAGAGUCGGACCAAGGACGAGAAGGACAAGGACUCAAGUGUUGGAAGCGUGUUUGGUGUACCGCUGGCUCAGUGCGUGGAGACCGAGAGGGCGCUGAGAAGACAGCACGGUGGCUCCAGAGCGUCGCUUGCCUCGCUCGGAGCUUUAGAGAAAGGGGAUGAUAGUGAAUCCUGUGACUCCGGUGAUUGGGCCUGGUCUGGUCUGGAGGAAACAGGAGGACCGAAGAUACCAGCGUUGGUGGCUGCUUGCUUAGCUCACCUGCGGCGGCACGGGCUACACACAAUAGGACUCUUCAGGGUGUCAGCGUCCAAAAAGAGAGUUAGACAAUUACGAGAGGAGUGGGAGCGGGGACAGUGUUCAGCGUUAGACGCCGCCGCGUGUCCGCACGAUGUGGCCACCCUACUCAAAGAAUUCCUCAGGGAUCUGCCCGAUCCUCUGCUCUGUAGAGACUUAUAUCAGGCUUUCUUGCAUACACAAAAAAUUCGAAGUCGGCGUCUCCAGUGGGAAGCCCUAAGGCUGAUAGUGCAGCUGCUCCCGGCAGCCCACCGGGAUACUUUGAGUGCUCUCUUGUCAUUCCUGGCGCAACUCGCCACACAUUCUGAAGACGAUCACCAGCCAGGAAACAAAAUGGACGCUGCUAACCUGGCCACCGUGUUCGCGCCAAACAUACUACACAGAAACAAACCUAAUGAGGCUGCCAGCGCGGAGCAGCUGUCGGAGCGUGCGGACGUGAUCAACGUGGUGCGGCAGCUGGUGGAGCGGCAGCAGGAGCUGUGGCCGCUGCCGGCCGCCGCGCUGCACCUCGCCUACGUGCACCUGCUGCACGCGCAGCCCGCGCACCUCGACGCGCUGCUGCUGCGACGAGCCCAGAACACGACAGUGUCUGCGUCGGCGGUGGACGCCGCGAGCGUGGUGGGUGCGAGCCCCCCUGCGGAGACCGGCGGGGGCAGCGGGGGAGGCGGAGGGGGCGGCGGGGGGAGCACUGAGGGGGGCGUGCGACGCGUGUGGUCGCGAGAGGAGUUCUUACACGGCGCCGCCGCCACCGGUGGACCCCACGACAAUGCCAGACGCAGUGACAAAACGUACUCCCGGACGAGGAGGACGAGAGAAACUGCAUCAGACACGUCAUCGGGUUCAUUUACCUCCACGAUGACCAUAGUUACCAGUGGCGGCGGUCUCAGCGGCGGUCUGGCCAGCAGCGCCCGCAACGACUCCGCGGCAGACUCUAAUGACUCUGCCUCCGACUACAAUGAGACACUAGGCGGGUCAGACGACGACAGCUGCGUGAUCACCGCGUCGCUGCACAUCCCGGCCGCGUCGGUGUCGCGCGCGCGGCCGGCGCCGCCCCCGCGCCGCCGCUCCACCUCCGGCUCGGAGUCUUCGGCGAAGCGAGACUCGGCCGUCGGCUCGUCGCCGUCGGCCUUCGGCUCGUCGGCGGCGUCGUCCGCAGCGUCGGCCUCGGCCUCGGCGUCGGCCGCGUCGAGUCCGCCCGCGUCGCCGCCGCCGGUGCUGCCGUCGUCCUCGGCCGUCAGGGUCACGCUGUCCGCUGCCGGAGAGGUGCGACGCGCACCGGACAUCGAUAAACUCAUCUCGCUCGGCAGGGAGCGUAACACAUCUGAUGCACGAGCGGUAGUGCUUCGGCAGCACGACGAGAGCAGUACCAGGAUGAGGAUAUCUACCAGACAAGAACACACUAUCAAGAGAGAAGAACAUUCAGCGAGGAGAGAAGACCAGUCUACUAAGAGAGAUGAGAGGAGAGAGGGCACCACGUUGUACAAGAGAGGAGAACUCAUAUCUAGUGCACGGUCGUCUACGACAUGACAGAUUGUAUACGUGGUUUUAUACAUAAACGUCUAUUUAUCAGCAUUUGUUUUAGUGGAAACUAUAAACCCUAUUUCACUGCAUCAUACGAAAUCAUAUUUUGGCAAACUGAGUUUGCUCAAGAUUAGGAUACAGAUCUAAUUGUGAUUAUUGCUGCAAAUAUACAAUUUUAUCCAACAAGUAUGGCAUACAAGCCAAUAAAUAUAAUAAAAAUUCCGAAUUUUAAGUUUUUCCCGAAUCCAUUCAUUUCGUAGAUUGCAAAAUGUCAAAUGUUCAUGGUACUAUAGUAGUACUAUACUGAAAACAUGAAAUGGUCCUAUGCAAUGUCCUUCGAUCGGUAAUUUAGACUCAUUUCUGGAUU